AUCUCCAUCAGACUUGCUUGACGAUCCAUCAUCUUCUGCAACAUCAUCAUCAUAUUUUUCAUCGAAUAGGCCACUCUAUGAAUUAUCCGAGGUCAUGGCUCAAUUACCUGUCAGGUAAUCAAACAUCCUUUCAAUAUGCUAAAAUGCCAGAGAACAUGAGUUGGGUAAUGAUUGAUUUUGAUUUUAUGUGUAGGAGAGGACUUUCUAAACAUUAUCAAGGGAAGUCUCAAUCUUUCACGUCUCUAGCAAGCGUGAGGAGCAUAGAAGACCUUCCAAAGAAAGUUAUUCCUAUGUACAAUAGAGCGAAAAUGAAAUCAUGCAAGAGCUACGGGUGGGGACUAGAUGGCCAUAACAAGAAGAAGCCAUAUAGCCCAAAGGCUACGAUAUCAAAGAAGGCCGGUUCCCGGGGUUGGUUGUUGUCUUCCCUUGGUAAUUAGAGAAGUAAUACUACUCUAGUGAUCAUUGGUGAAUGAUUAGUAGUUAUAGCUGGAUUUUUGUAUGUUGUAUAAGCAGCUUUUAGAUGUCAUGAAGAAACCAUCGAUCAACUUUUGACCAUUUUUUGAGGAUCCGUCGACAAAGAAAAGGAAAUAUAAAUAUAAACAUAUAU